AUGGAUACAUUUUCUUGUAAUUCUUAUGAAUCAAAACACGCCUCCUUCGACCAUCAUGAUGAUGAUGGUGUUGAUAUCGAUGAUCAUGACCAUCAUGGCGAUCAUCAAGAGGAGAGUGGAUGGACAACUAUUUUGGAAGAUUACUCAAAUCAAAACAGAACUCAUUAUGAAGAAAGCGAUCAAGACAAGAGUUCUUGUUCGCUCCUUGGCGUAUCUCCUUCUCUUGUCUCCGACGCUGCAACGGAGGGCCGGAGUAUUCCGGUUAAUUUUCCGGCGAAGUUGAAGUUUGGUAGAGCAAGAACCAAAAAGAUUUGUGAGGAUGAUUCUUUGGAGGACACGGCUAGCUCUCCGGUCAAUAGCCCUAAGGUCAGUCAGUUUGAACAUAUUCAGACGCCUCCUAGAAAAAUUGAGGACUAUGUCUCUUCUAGUUUCGCUAUGGAAAAUAUGAGACGCAUGGGGGAUCAUCAAAUCCAAAUGCUAGAAGGCGAUGAACAAAAAAUGACGAUGAUGAGGAAUCUCAGAGAAGGAAACAACAACAACAACAAUAAUAUGGAUUUGAGGAGUAGAGGUUUAUGCGUCGUCCCUAUUUCCAUGUUGGCUAACUUUAACGGUCGCUUCUGA